AUGUGGUCCCAAACACUCGUGUCACUGAGUCAAAACAUCAGCGAAAAGGUGCACAUCAAGAAGUGCGAAAGGCGCGAUAAGCGUGCAUUUUAUCUUUCUCUCCGAGACCAUGUCCAACACCGGUUCGUCACCACUAUCAAGUGCUCCUCAACGCUUACAACAUCAGUCACCCCGUUGUAUCGCAGACAACAAAGCCUGGGCACUGGUCAGCUCGGAGACGUGGGCGACCCCUUGUUUCUGACUCCGCUCAUCGAGGCGGGUCACCUAGACGAAGCGAAGGCACUCAGCCGCGUGGGCAGCCUCGGGCACGUGGAGGAUGUGCCGAGCCACGCGGGAUUCUUCACCGUCAACAAGCAGCUGGGCAGCAACACGUUCUUCUGGUUCUUCCCAGCGAAGGAGAACCCAGAAACAGCUCCAGUGGUGCUCUGGCUGCAGGGCGGUCCCGGUGGUUCCUCGCUCUUCGGCCUUUUCUCGGAGCACGGACCGUACUAUGUCGCCGAAGGCGGCAUCCCAAAGCUGAGAGAAUUCACGUGGGCUCGGCGCUUCUCCAUGCUCUACAUUGACAACCCCGUGGGCACGGGGUACAGCUUCACCGGGAAGGACCAGGGCUACGCACGCAACGAGACAGACGUUGGCAGAGACCUGCUGGAAGCGCUCCAGCAGUUCUUCACCCUCUUCCACGAGUUUGCCGGGAACGAGUUUUACGCCUCCGGAGAAUCGUACGCCGGAAAAUACGUUCCUGCCGUCGCUUACGCUAUCCACACGGCCGUGCAGCCCCGUGUCAAGAUCAACUUGAAAGGUAUCGCCAUUGGCGACGGCUUGGUGGAUCCCAGUACGAUGUUUGACUACGCAGACUUCCUCUACCAGAUUGGACUAGUGGACAGCAACCAAGCCGCCUACAUCCGUGAAGCGAGUCAGAAGGCCAAACAGUUCAUCGAUGACGGUCGCUACCUGGACGCCUUCUACAUCUUCGAUGCUCUUUUAAACGGUGACGUCGUGAAAGAACCUUCCUAUUUCAAGAAUGUCACAGGGCUCGAUUUCUAUUACAACUUCCUCCUAUCCAAGCAGCCAAAACAGCUCGGAUACUACAACGCUUUUGUGCAGACAGCUUUAGUUCGUAAAGCAAUCCACGUCGGGAAGCUUACAUUCAACGACGGCGACGCAGUCGAAGCCCACCUCCUCGAAGACAUGAUGAAGUCAGUGAAGCCGUGGCUCACUGUAUUGAUGGAAAACUACAAGGUGAUGAUCUACAAUGGCCAACUGGACAUCAUCAUUGCUUACCCGUUAACAGCCAACAUGAUCUCAGCAAUAUCGUGGUCCGGCGCAAAAGCCUUCAAGAAUGCACCUCGAAAGAUCUGGUUGACUCCGAGUGGAGAGGACGUGGCAGGCUACGUCAGGCAGGUUGGCAAUUUUACAGAGGUGCUAGUGAGGAACGCAGGUCACCUACUGCCGUACGACCAACCAGAGGUUGCUUUGGACAUGAUAACAAGGUUCAUUGAAGGAAGGCCCUUUGUGCAGUAAAUAAAUGCAUUUUCGUCCAGUA